UCUCUCACUAGACUCUCUCACUAGACUCUCUCACUAGACUCUCUCCUCUCUCUCUGCAAGUCGCCAUGAACAAUCCAAGCAAAUGCACGGCUCAUGCGCGCCACUUUGCGCUCGCAAAGUGAGCGAGGAAGCUGCGAGCUGCCCCCUGCUGUUGUUGCUUUGACCACUACCGUACAAGGACGUCCCUGUGAAGGACAAGCUACCUACCUGGUGCGGCCGGCCAUUAGUACGUGCUCCAUCCACUGAGCUGAGCUACUCGGUGCGUGCUAUAGGUAGCUAGCAGCUGUGAGGCGAGGUGCAGUGGUUGGCGAUGGAGAUGAGGGCACCGGUGAUGGUGAAGCAGGGCGGGCAGGAGGUGCUGAGGCAGCUGCCGCCGGGGUUCCGUUUCCGCCCUACGGACGAGGAGCUGGUGCUGCAGUAUCUCCGCCGUAAGGCCCUCGCCCUCCCGCUCCCCGCUGCCGUCAUCCCCGACGUCCACAACCUCUACAGCCUCGACCCCUGGGAUAUCCCCGGCGCAAGCGAGGGGGAGAAGUACUUCUUCGCGGUCCGUCCGUCCGCCGGUAAGAGCGGCGGCAGGACGGCGACGGCGACGGCGAGCGGAUGCUGGAAGCCAGCCGCGGGAGGAAGGGAGAGGCCUGUGAUCGUGUCCCGGUGCGGCCGGAACCACCUCGUCGGCGUCAAGAAAUCCAUGGCCUUCGUGCCCCGCCGGAGCAGGGGUAAGGGCAGAAAGACGACGUCACCGGCGGCGCCGGUGCAGACCGGCUGGGUCAUGCACGAGUACCGCCUCGCCCUGCCGCAUCAACAUAAGAAUGGUUGCUGCUUGGGUGAGGCUGGAGCAGAAGAAUGGGUCGUGUGCCGGAUCUUUAAAAAGGACAGGUCGUCGUCCUCCUCCAGGCAACAAACGCUGGGCGGCCACGGCACCGACGAUCACCGCACGAUGCCAAUGCCGCAGUCACCAUCGUCGCCGGCGUCGUCUUCCAGCUGCGUCACAAGCGGCAGCAGCUCGGACCUGCAAGAAGAGGUCAGCAGCUGAGAAGCAAAGCAAGCUAACUAGCUAUCCUAGCUAGGCGAGCUAGCAGAUUACGAACCAGGGGAAAUGAUAUGUCCUUUUCUUGCUCCAAUAUUUGUUCUUCUCUCUCUCUCUCUACGUUCUCUCUUUCAGUGUCCGUGUAGUGUAAUGCAGUGUGAUGUGAUGUAGCCAGAAGCAACUAGGCAGUGGAUGUUUAGUUAACACAAGCAAGCUAGAGCACCUAUAUAAGUCCUUGAGGUUAAUUAAGAAAAGCUCCUUCUAGUUAACAGAUGCACUAUGCGCAUGUGUGGGGCAGAUGCAGCUAGCUAUAGCAGUGACCUCUGCAUGCAUGGGCGCUCUGUAACUUGCAAACUGUAAAAUUUCGUCAAGAAAGAAUGAAAGCCUUUCUCAUUUUCUACCA